AUGGACCCAGAGACGCUGUCCAUUCGCCCUCCUACCACCGACCUUGCCUCUGUCAGAGUAUUCCCCCUCAUACCAGCUCUCAGGCGCGACAUAACGUGCACAUGCACCCUCCAGCACACCAUCGCUGACCUCGCCACAGACAGCGCGCUCAGCUGGGAGCUUAUCAGCACCAGCCAAUUGACCGCCGCAGACAUCAACUUCUCCAUAGUCCGUCCCCUCGUCAACAAAUAUGCCCGUCUCCGCAACAUGGCCGUCGUCUACGCGACUCUCGUCGUCCGUUCUUAUUUCCUUUCCGCCUCCGAGUCUGACUUGGCGUUCUCGGGCGUCAUGAUCGCUCGUGCCAAUCUCGCCGAGAUCAUGGCAAUGAAGCUCCUCAGCCGGUUCGCACAUGACUACAUCCAGCUCGUCGCCGUCCUAACUACAACAUGGAACCCACUCGUCGGCGCGUCGCGUUCUGUCGUAGAAGGCGUCAAGUUGGCUCUGCAUGCACACGACGACGAUGUCGACUCUGCACAGAGUGCCAUUGAGAUGGCCAUAUCAACCAGUGCCAAAAACUUUCUUGCAUCUCCCGUGACACAACAAGUCGUAAACGACAUCUACUCCGGCCGAGUCGUGUUCUCCGUAACAGCCCACCGCUCCAUUCUCGCUGACAACUACAAGCCACGAGCCAUCGAAAUAUACAACCCGCACAACGCGCCUUUCAUUAACCACUAUCGCCUUCGCGUGCCCAAGUAUCGCACCUACCUCGACUUUUUCAAUUUCACGUUGUUGCUCCUGAUAUUCGUACUUUGCCUUGCGAAUCAUGACAGGACCAAGCUGAAUUUCUGGGAGGUAGCAUUCAUCAUCAUGGGGAGUGCAUUCGCAUUGGAGGAAUACACCGCUUCCACCGAACACGGCUGGAUCAAACCCGACCUUGACACGGUAUAUUGA